GCAGAUUAGCCAUGGAUAAAGCUCCGCCGCACGUGCUAAUAUUCCCGUUCCCAGCACAGGGGCAUAUCAACUCCAUGCUCAGGUUAGCCAACAUGCUAUGCCUAGCUGGCAUCCAAGUUACCUUCCUCAACACAGACCAUACCCACCACCGCCUCCUCCGCUCCAAUCCUGACCUCCUCGCCGCCCGGCCCGGCAUCCGAUUCCGUACAAUCUCGGACGACCUCCAGCCGGACCAUCCCCGGUCGACUGCUCUGGUGAUGGACCUUUACGACUCGCUCAGAUCGGUCACGAAGCCACUCCUCCGGGCGAUGCUGGCCGGAUCCGGUAGGCGGGCGGAAUCUGACGACGCGGUGACGUGCAUCGUAGCGGAUGGUAUCUUAUCGUUCGCGAUCGACGUCGCGAAUGAGGUUGGAAUACCGAUCGUUGCCUUCCGUACGGCGAGCGCGUGCAGUUUCUGGGCUUUUUUUUGUGGUCCCGCACUUGAAGCAGGAGGAGAGUUCCCAUUUGAAGAUGAUGCCGACAUGGACCAUCCGAUAAAAAGCAUUCCGGGUAUGGAAGCCUUCCUCAGACAUCGAGACCUACCGAGUUUCUUCCGAGUCAAGCAACUCAAUGACCGGUUGCUCCAGGCCGUCUUAAGCGAGACUCAAAACGCCAGUAAAGCCUCGGGUUUCAUCCUAAAUACCUUCGAAGACCUCGAAGGACCAAUCCUCUCCCACAUCCGGGCCCACUUCCCCACCACAUAUGCCAUCGGACCCCUCCACGCUCACCUCAAGUACCGACUCACCGAGUCCGUCGAUUCCUUGCCUAAUUCAAGCCUUUGGACAGAAGAUAGAACCUGCAUGACGUGGCUCGAUUCUCAGCCAAACAAAUCUGUCCUCUACGUUAGCUUCGGCAGUUUCACGGUCAUUACUCGCGAUGAGUUGCUGGAAUUUUGGCACGGCUUAGUCAACAGUCAUACACGGUUCUUGUGGGUCAUACGCCCGGACCUCGUUGAUGGAAGAGGAGACGAGGGUCAGAUCCCGUCCGAGUUGAGGGAAGCAGCGGAUGAGAGAGGGUGCUUUGUAGGGUGGGCCCCACAAGAGGACGUGCUGGCCCACUCGGCUAUUGGUGGGUUCUUGACUCAUAGCGGAUGGAAUUCUACAUUGGAGAGUGUAUGUGCGGGAGUACCGAUGAUCUGCUGGCCCUUCUUUGUGGAUCAACAGAUAAAUAGCAGGUACGUUGGGGAGGUAUGGAAGGUCGGUUUAGACAUGAAAGAUAGGUGUGAUAGAAGGACGGUUGAGAUGAUGAUCAAAGAGUUGAUGGAAGGGAAGAGGGAAGAGCUAGUCAGAUCUACAGCUAGGAUCGCGAAUCUGGCCAAGAGAAGUGUAAGCCAAGGUGGGUCAUCUUAUAUGAAUUUUGAGAAAUUGGCUGAGGACAUUAGAUCGAUGAGCCAACGGUUUAUACGAUUAAUGUAGGAAAGUAGAAAGUGAAUUGAGUUGUGACCCCUAGGUGGUGUUGGGCGAAGUGAGGCCCACCGUGAUGUAUGUGUUUUAUCCAAGUCGUCUAUCCGUUUUCCCUGAUCAUUUUGUAGCAUGAUCCAAAAAUUAAAGGAGUUCAAAAGCUCAAACGGAAACACCACAGGAAACAGUGGCUAUUGAACGCCCCCUAUUAAAAACUUAUCAGGGGCUAU